CAUUAUAGUUUAUUUUCGUACACUGUACACAGGUGCCAUCAUUCCAUACAUCAUUUGCGUGAUUCUCUUUGUGGUGCCAAUUAUGGUAAUACAAUCAUUUAUGGGUCAAUUUUCCAGCAGCGGUUUUAUAUCAGCGUUUCGCAUUUCGCCUAUUUUUAAAGGCUUGGGCUAUAUUAGCUUAUGUGUUAAUUUGGCUGUGCUCUCCUACUACGGUAUGUUCGCUGCUGUGCCACUACUUUACUUAUUUCACUCAUUGCGCCCGACCAUACCUUGGAGCUGUGAAGCAGUAGAGAGUUGCCUGAAAAAUAGCACCGAUACGGAAGUCGAGCACUCCUGCAAGCUAAAAAAUAUGGUAGAGAUAAACGCUAGCAUGGCCAACAGCAAUGAGUCGUACAAAUAUAUAAGAUAUGAAGUGCCUUCAGUUUUGUUCUUCAACUCAAUUUUCGGUGGUGACGACCUAAUGGAGAACUAUGAAUAUGACAGCCCCUUUAUGUUCUCUUGGGAGCUGCUUCUUUGUACACUGCUUAGCUGGGCUAUAGUAGCUGCUGUCUCCUAUCGCUUCUACAAUACUGAGUUGAUGAGCAAAUUUUUACGCUACACCAUUUGGACCUGCCUAACUUUGCUGCUCAUCUCUGUCAUACGUUUCAUGUUGAUAUCGAUGGAUGUAAAAUAUAUCUUCAGUUUUUUUAUAGCAAAGCCACGUGAUCUUGCCGAAGGCAUACCCAACACUAUACUCUUUAUAGUAUCAGCGUUUGGUCCUGGCUGGGGCUCGAUUAUAUCACUUGCUAGCUUUAAUCGUUUUAAAGCAAAUAUUAUGAGCUACAGUUGGAUUAUUUGUAUAGGCCAAAUGGGCAUUUUUAUAGCCUACGGCAUUUUAACGCAUAUCAUACAGGGUUACUUUAAGUCCAUUACGGAACACUACGAUGAUAUAGAUAACUUGUAUGUCUAUGUAAAUCAUCACUGGGCAUUGUAUUUGUCCAGCGGCAGCGUUUUGGCUUCGAUGAGUUGGCCGAAUCUCUGGUCAAUAAUUUUCUUUUCCAUGUUGGCAUUGAUGGCGUUGAUUACAAUGAUCACUUCCUUAUUUUCGGUAUUCCAAAGCGUAUUCGAUGAGUUCGAAAUGUUGCGUUCGCGUAGAACUGAAGUCACUUUUGGACUGAUCGGUGUGUUAGCAUUUCUAUCCUUGUACACUUGUUCAAAUCACGGCGUCGUUUUCUUCAGCGCCAUGUCGAUGGACUCACUCUUCACGCAAACAUCACUCAAUCUUCUACUGCUGCUGGUCGUUCUCUGGAUUUACGGCCGUUUCCGCUUUCAGCGUGAUAUCGAAUUCAUGCUGGGCCAACGUUUUGCCACAUGGAAAGUGAAUGUAUUGCGGUUUGUUGCGCCGAUUUGCCUCUGUUUACUAUUGUUAAUUGCGGUUAUUGCUGCCUACUACGAGCACAGAGUCGCCUCAAUCGUCAUCCAUAUUGUAGCGGUUUUGCUCAUCGUUCUACCUUGGCUCUACUUACCCGGUUACAUGAUCUAUGUGCUGCUGCAAACAUCGGGCUCAUUUAUGAUGCGCUUUCGACGUUGCUGUCGACCAAUGGAUUGGUAUCCCGUUGAAAUGGAGGAACGACAACGUUACGAAGAGGCCAUGGGUAAUAUGGAUAUUACGCAUCAAUUGAGUCAAAUAAACAUAAAUACUACGGCUAAAAGUUAUAACUAAAUUACUGUAUAUAUGUAGGUAUGUAUAUGUGUAACUAUAUAUGUACAUAAUUAUGAAUGUAUAAGGAAAUUGUGAUUUUGUUAAAUGAGAAAUUUAUUAGCAGAGCUUCGUAAAUAUUAGCUUUAGUGAAAGUUUAGUGGAUAAAUUGCUUUUCCACAAACCCCAUUUGUAAAAGCUUUGCAUCAACCAAAGACAAAUUUAUGAAAAUGUUAAAAUAGUUUUUUUUUAUGAAUAAAUGCUCACACUUUA